AUGGAUAGACAGUCUCUAUUAGAACGGAAGAGACAAAGGCUCCAGGAAUUGAAACAAAGAAGACUAGGUAAUACUAGCCAAGAUGAUAAAUUGGUAAAUGAGCUCAUAGAUCAGUUUCAGAGUUCACCCGUUCAACUUAACAAGCAGGUGAAUGUCGCUAUUCAAGUAGAUCUUGCACCUCAAGAGCAUGAUGUGAACUAUAUAAGUAAUGGUAUCCCUAUACAUGAUAAUGAAUCUGAUACAAAUGAGAAAAAUGUUAUUACGUACGACAAAGCUAUCCAAACAACUGAUGAGCCGUCCGACACUGAAACUGAGCUCAAGACAACAAUAGAUGAUGAAACAAAUGAAAGCUUGGAAACAAUUGAAAAUGAUGGCGUAGUGGAAAUUGAAGAGUCGAAGUUAAAUGCUUCUAUGAAACACACAUUUAAGUUCCUUAAUAAAAUUAUUACUCAAGAAGCUAUUGAUUCAAGUAUACUCAAGAAUUUUUCGGAGAGUGAAGAGUUGAAGAAUGAAUUUGAUAGAUCCUUCGAUAAUGGGGUGUCUAAAAAUGGCCCUUUCCAAUUAAAUCUCGAGAUUACAGUCGUUAAAGGCCGAUUGAUAAAGUAUAUUGAUGUAUCUCCUCAUUUUCCCGAAUUAAUGGUUGCCUCUUACUCACUUGAAAAUUCUAGCAUAAAUCAUCUAAUUUCAAACCAACUGCAUUUUAAUGGUAUUACCCAGUCUCCUGGACUUGCAGUAAUUUAUAACAUAAAAGGUUCAAAGGCAUUCCCAGAAUAUUUUUUACAUUGUACUUCAUCAAUAACCGAAAUAAAAUUCGAUAAAAUGAAUCCACGCAAAGUAAUUGGAGGUUUGUCUGACGGCAAAGUUGUCAUUUGGAAUCUACUGGAUAAUCGAAGAAAUAGUGUUGCCAUUUUACCGCUGUUAAUGACACCUAUUCUAUCAAAUAUUGCUUCAUCAAUAAUAAACAAUGACCAACAAACAGUAAAUUUCAUACAUCAUACUAAUGAAAUUUCGUCUAUUAAUCAGAUACUGGUAAAAAAUAAUGAAUGCAUUAUUUCUACUUCUUUAGAUGGCGUUAUUAACCUUUGGUCUUCCAAUCUAUUAGCGUGGCCGAAAAUUAGUUCUUUGAAACUAAGCAAACCAAGCAGCAAUACCGAAGGCUACGUGAAAUCAAAAGAUGUCUUAUCCAUUCCAAAGGCUUUAAUGUUACAGAAAGAAACUGAUCUAGCAAGAUCUACGAAGAAGGACCUUUCUUCCCAGCCUCCAGCAUAUAAGUUCUUGAACAAACUAUUAGUGGGAGGUGACGAUGGUAAGUUAUUUAGAUUGUCAAACGACGCACGUAAUGGAAACAUCGAACAAUUAUAUGAAGAAGAUAAUAAAGAUGACGAAAAUCCUCUUCACUCUUCGAGUAUCACAUCUAUAAUGGAAUUGCCGAUAGAAGGUCAGGAAACAAUAAUUGCAACAUCCAAUAUCGACUGGACUAUAAAAAUAUGGGUAUCAACUCAAAAAGCUCCCAUUAUCCAAAUACCUGUUACUUAUUUAAUAUUAGAUAUGAAAGCUCGUCCAAAUUACCCUUUACAGUUUUUCACAUUGGGAGUUUUUAAUCAAAGUAUGAAUAAUGAUUUACGCCCUAUAAUAGAUUUUUGGGAUAUGAGUCGCAAAUUGAUGAAUCCUAUCUGUUCCAUUUCACUUGAGUCAAAAAAUGAAGCUAAUUCUGACACCGCAAAUUCCAAGCUAUAUGCAACGACAGCCCGAUUUGAUAUCAAUGGCAGCAAUAUAAUAAUAGGGUUCAACGAUGGUUCAAUCCUGAUCUGGUCUAUUGAUGACAUGAUUUUAAAUGAAGUACUUGAUAGUAGAGCAAAUAGCGAUAUCGACGAUGGACUAAUCGAGUUUCUACAAAGAAAUAAAAGAAUGUAA